CCAACCUCUCCUCAUCCUCCUCUUUUUUUCCGAUUCCCUCCCCCCCUUCCUGCCGCUCAUUCCCCUCCUUUCUGCCUCCCACCCCCCUCGCCAUGUCGCUGGGAGCCGGUGCCGAGGCGGGUUUCUCCAGCGAGGAGCUGCUGACCCUGCGCUUCCCCUUGCACCGCGCCUGCCGUGAUGGGGACCUGCCCGCCCUGUGCGCGCUGCUACAGAGCUCGCCCCGCUCCGAUCUGGUGGCCGAGGACUCCUUCUACGGCUGGACGCCCAUCCACUGGGCCGCGCACUUCGGCAAGCUGGAGUGCCUAAUGCAGUUAGUAAAAGCUGGAGCUUCUGUAAAUGCCAGUACAACACGGUUUGCUCAAACACCAGCACACAUUGCUGCUUUUGGAGGACAUCCACGGUGCCUGAAUUGGUUGAUUCAAAUGGGGGCCAACGUAAACAAACAGGAUUAUGUUGGUGAAACUCCUAUUCAUAAAGCAGCACGGUGUGGUAGUAUGGAUUCCAUAUAUGUCCUUCUGCCUUGUGGUGCGCAAAUAGACUUGAGAAAUGCCAGUGGCCUGACAGCAGCAGACCUUGCACAAACCCAGGGCUUCCAAGAAUGUGCCCAGUUUCUCAUGAACCUCCAGAAAUGUCACAUUAAUUGUUUCUAUAGCAAUGGCAACUUAAAUGGGGUUCAUCAGAAUGCAGAUCCCAAUCCAUUCAGUGGUGGGAUGAGUCGAAAGAGAUCCUUUGAAGAUAUGGAGUCUGCUGGAGCAAAGAAGGCUAGAACAGAAGCUUACAGCAUUGAUGGCUUAAUACCAAUGAUGAAUGGAGGAGCUGAGGACGAUGCUGACAAUAUGCACGUUGAUAGAGAGUUUGCUGUUGUAUCAGGUGUAUUUCUUAAUGCAGAUAUGAAUAGCAGUAGCUCCAUAUUGAAUGCACUGACAAAUGGAUAUGCCAUCAAUGGACAUUCGGAUUUCACCGCCGCACAACAGCUCAGUGGGAUGGAUGCCAGGCGUGAGGAGUGUUUAGCAUUAACACCUAAUGGAAUAAUAUCUGGAAUAACUUCUCCCAGUAGGCAUCGAAUUCAUACCAGUAACGGCACCGAGGAACCAGAAAAAGCCGUGAAUAAUUCCACUGAUAUGUGUGGAUCUCUACAUCUGAACGGAAGCCCGAGUAGCUGUGUUUCAAACCGGCCCUCGUGGGUGGAAGACCCUGGAGAUACUUUGCACUAUGGACACUAUCACGGUUUUGGGGAUACUGCUGAAAGCAUCCCCGAACUUAGUAGUGUUGUUGAGCAUUCCAAUUCUGUCAAGGUCGAACAGAGAUAUGACAAUACUGUCCUAGGCACAAUGUAUUUGUAUCACGGUUCCUAGAUGAACGACCUUUCUAUCAAGCGCAUAUUGAAAUUGCUACCAAAUGAAUCUGGGGGGGGACAAAAUCCUCACAUAGCAUUAAAUUUGAAGAUUGCAACUUAUUGCUAUUUUUACACUUUGUUUAUAUGAAAAGUAAACCUUUAAUUUGACAGCCUUAUACAAUAGUUGUAGUUUGUUGCAUGUGUGGGGCUUAUUUAGUGAUAAAAUAGGUGCUGUUAUGAUGGAAUGUUUGCUAUUUUCAUUUUUUUAUUAUGGAAUGUUCUGGUUUUGUAUUUUUUUAUUUCUAAGCUUGUGAACACUAUCUUUCCGUUUUUAGAGCUGUUUUCCCUUUUAUUAAAACGUUUAUCUGAAUUUUGUGAAGAAAAUGUUAUGUAUGUGCAUCACUUAGCAGUAAAGAUUUUUCUUUUCCAUAUCUUCUGCUGAAGCUAUGGUAGCAAUAUCAAUGCCCGCUGUCACUAUGCAAGGUUGAAAAUGGCAAUCUUCUGGAGCUUCUCUGACUUUAUAGUUUGUACAUUUGUUUGGUAUAACUAAAUGUUCGUCUUUACAUUUUCUGAACAAGUUUCAAGACGCAGAGUUGAAAUUGGAAGAAGUUACCAUUUCACCUUCUGUAGAGUAGAAGUGCUUUUUUGUUGUUGUUGGGCUCUUUGCAUUAUAGAGUGGGGAAGUGGGCUGCCUUUGUUUGGUCAUGGUUGGGUGUGCCUCGGGUUUAGCUCUGAAUUUGUGAUGGUUUCCUUUGGCUUCUCUCCUUUAUAUGUGUGCUUGAUAUUUUACCAUAGCUCACAGACCAGAGGCAUGUUGGCACUGUUGUGCUUUGUAUGCAGUUUAAAAUUGCUGUUACUUGUUAUAGAAUUUGCCAAGUCAAAAUAUUUGAGUUUUACUGUCUUGGAUAUACAUUUCUUGUCUUUUUUUUUUUUUUAACAUACGCUUUGAAAAUAUAAUGUUGUGUACUCUUCGGGCUAUGCUCACGGAAAAUACAUUGUAUUUAAAGCUUAAUACACAAAAUUCAUAUAAGUGCACUAUAUGAGCACUAAUAAUAUAAGUUGCUGCUUUGUGUUAAGAUAAGUGAAGAGUUAGGAAGAAUACGGUAAAUGAGAUAAGCCCUCUGAAUUGUGUUGAUCUUUUGUUCCUGUUUUGUUUAAAAAGGGACCUUUACAACUUGGAUUUAAAAAAAAAAUAAACCUAUUACAUUGUAUCUGAA